AUUUUGCAUGACAUUACCAUCAGAACUUCUCUCGUGGAUCAGCAUCGUUUUUGUGGUGAAUUUUUAUACUCCUAUGUUUUGGUUAACAGUAACGGUUGUUCCAUCUAUUGUUAAUUGAUUUGCUAAGACAAAUUGUUGAUUAAACAAUGGUGAAACGCAAUAAAAAUAAGUUUAAAUCGCUGAAAAUAAAAAUAUCCCCCUCUGCUUUGUUUAAACCGUCAAGUGCCAGAUCAGUGCGUGAUAUUUCCCCCAAAGUGCAUCCGAGCACAAAUGAUUGCUAUCCGCUGAACAAAUUAUGUAGGUUAUGCCUACUCUCGAACACCAAUAUGGAACCGAUAUUCUCAUAUCCAGGUGACAACCUCUUAGCCCACAAAAUCGCUCAGUGUACAGGUUUGGAGAUAACCGAAAAUACUGACCAAGGAAUACCAUCUUCGAUCUGUGGUCAGUGCAAGAAACAACUUGAGCAAUGUCACGAAUUUCGUCUUCUAUGCUGGAAGAAUAAUGAAGUUUUGCAUAAUCUCCACGCGAUCCUCAGCCCGAAGAAACCCAAGCCACCAGCGCUGCGUGCGAAUCCUGUUGUUCAAUUGGAGAAACUUGAUCUUAAUAGCAGUCAUUUGAAUUGCAAAGAAAUAGACUUGCAGCAACUGUAUUCUCCUGUUAAACAGACUCGAAGUGCUGACACGCCUCAGCCCAAAAUACCUAAUCUUAAAACGCCUAAAAAGAAUGAAGAACAGCAGGUGAGAAAGCUGUACUCCCCCCUUAGUAGCAACAAAAAAACCAAGAAUGCUCCUGCUCUUUCAAAAGAACUGGUUGUCUGUCUUACUCCUGUGUCCUCGGCAUUGAUCAACAAAUAUAAGAAAGCCCCCCUAAAGCCAGUAACCCAAACAAAAGCUGCUGUUAAAUCCUUCCCUCUGCAGAUAAAGAGCAGGGGAAGGCCACUUAAAAUUGUUCGCAAGCCGGUUAUUAAAAUUGCAAAACGUACAUUCAAACCGCUGAAGCCAUCCAAGCCCGCCAAGCCAGCCAAACCAGCUAAAACUCCGGCUACACAAGCAAAGAAACAGAAGGCGAAACAGGUUGAAAUUGCAGUGCCACCGAAAAAGAGGAAACAGAAUUUUGAAUCUACACCUGCAGCAGCUAGUGUUGUUACCGUGACCUGCACACUGUGCACGCAGACGUUCAACAAUGAAAAGAAUCUGAACCGUCACAUGGCUACCCAUGAGAAUGACUUGCUUAUUGAUAUAUUGAGCCGGAAACAAAAUCGUGUUUUCAACUGCGAUGUCUGCAACAAGGAAUAUCUGAAGGCAUCUCAACUAACGGACCAUUUGCGCAGCGCCGAACACAUUAAGAACGCAGGAGCCAAUGUACUGGAUGAGGCGGAUGUGUCAAUUUUGCCGGAUGAAUCGGCUGAGAUAUCGAUUCUACCCGACAAUGACGAGGAAUCAAUCGGCCACCAUGAUCUUUCCAGUAUAAGAGCUCAUGAUUCGGUGGGGCUAUCGCGCGACGAAGAAAUGGAAGAUUAUCAAUCUGCGAUUCGUUCUCCACCGUCACCAGACACGAACGACCUUUCCCAGCAGCCGGCUUCGAUUGAAGACGAACAACAAGGUAAUGGUGGCUUUCAGUCGGAGAUCAUUGAGCCAUCGAUAGAAGAGGAUAAUGUUGUGAGAGACGUAAGUCCCGUUGUAAGUGAGUCGUACAUAUCCCGAAUUGGUGGGGUACAAUACAGCGAUGUUUGCUCCACAAACAAUGCGGAGAAUCUUUUCAAUGGAAGCGGAGUGGAAUCUUUGAAUUCGUCACGCCGAGUAACAUUUUCGGAUAUUACAGAAAUAGUUGAAUAACUAUUGCGUUAGAUUUUACCAACAAGAAUGAUAAAGAAGGGUAAAUAUAGUGUCGAGGAGAUAGAGUAUUGUGAGUUAACGUGAUUCUAAUGUUCAACAUUUUAAUCAACUUCAUUGAAGCGAACAUCAGUAUCCGCUGUAAUGCCAUAGAACUAACUUAGGGCAGAAUCUUUGACGAGGUUAUUUCUUUCAUGAUUUUUAUGAUUUUCAGAAAUUCUUAAGUUGUUAAGUUCAAUUCAUGUAAUCAUCUUGAAACUGCAGAAAACAGUCUGAAUAAAAUGACCCAAUAAAAUAUA